GGCCGCCUUCGCCUCGGUGCCCGUCUUCCCGCUCUUCGACGCUGCUUACUUCAUCGUGUCCGUCCUCUACCUCAAGUACGAGCCAGGUUAUCUUAUGAAUGAAAGAGCUGAACAGAUUGCUCAUGAAUUCUAGAGGGCACCUAGGUUGAAGCAAUGGAGAGACUGGAGCUGUGGAGAUGUCUCGCAAGAGUCCUUUUGCCUCCUGGCUUUGUGCCAUGCUCCACUGCUUUGGAAGUUACAUCCUCGCUGAUCUGCUGCUCGGAGAGUCACCUAUUCAUUACUUCAGUAACAACUCCAGUGUCAUCCUGGCCACAGCAAUCUGGUAUUUGAUAUUCUUCUGCCCCAUGAACCUCUUCUACAAGUGUGUUAGCUUUCUGCCUGUGAAGCUCAUCUUUGUGGCUAUGAAGGAGGUGGUCAGAGUUCGCAAAAUUGCGGCCGGCGUCCACCACGCUCAUCACCAGUACCACCACGGCUGGUUCAUCAUGAUGGCCACUGGAUGGGUCAAAGGUUCUGGUGUUGCUUUGAUGUCUAACUUUGAGCAACUGCUGCGUGGGGUCUGGAGGCCAGAAACAAAUGAAAUUCUUCACAUGUCUUUCCCUACAAAAGCCAGUCUGUAUGGCACAGUUCUUUUCACUUUGCAACAAACUCAUUGGCUCCCUGUCUCUGAAGCCAACCUCAUCUUCUUUUUCACCAUGUUUAUGAUAGUUUGCAAGGUUUUCAUGACGGCAACUCAUUCUCACGCCUCACCUUUUGCUCCAGUGGAAGGCUUCAUCUGCCCAGUUUUCUUUGGCUCUGUUUCUGGCGGACACACUGGCCAUCAUAAUCAGCAUGGGCACUCCCACGAGGCUUCCUAUCAGCCACCUCCUCCUGUGAAGUCAAAAGAGGAGCUAAAUGAAGGCACAAGGAAACGAAAAGCAAAAAAAGCUGAAUAAAAAAGCAACCAAACACUAAACAGGCCAAGAAAAUUCCUCCAGAGCUGUGUCUCAAAGCCGCCUGCAGUCUCCUUUAUCCUCCAGUCCUCUCACGGACUUCAGAGGAGAGGUGGAAGUGAAGACACUGCCAGGCAAUUCCCUGAAGUUCAGUUGUGCUCUCUGUGCUGCUCCUUGCUUCUUGGUCUCUAUCUCUCUAUUCUGAUCAUAUUUUCAGGGAUUCAUAGAUUUAUGCCAGGAUGAUAAAUGGGUGCCAGUUCCCAGCUGGCAAUUAUGUCAGCAAUUAUGAUGCAUCAUCUUUCACUGUGUUUAUUUAUGAAUGGAAGUAAUGGUCUGUGCUCCCACAACUGUUCCUGUGAGUUUUCAUUGGCCUUUUUGAUGUCCCCCAGAACAACAAACUGUUUAGACACAAUCAAUGUGGAAAUUGGAUUUCAUGCUUGAGGAAAUUAAAUGGUCUGUUACAAUCCUGAUCUAUUUUUCCCAGCUCCUGCAUCUGCCAUGUCUCCAAAUAACAUGAUAUUCUGUACACAAUAAGGAAAACAGCUCUGGUGUCCUGGCCAAAUUCUACUCUGAAAUUACAUUUUUCUCAUCCAAGUUCCCUCUGAUUCUUAAUGAAUGGUCACUUUCUUAACUAAGACUUUGUUUGCAGGACCCUUGAAGCUGUAAAAUGCUCUUAAAUGCUAUCUAUUGGUACUGUUAUUAUUUUAAACUGUUUUGUAGUGUUGAUGCUCUGUUAGCAAUUGUGUGUUUCACCUCAAACCUGAUUGUCUUUACUUGAGAAAGAAGCAUGUUUUUGGUUUGUUUGUAAUCCUGUGGGAUAUAAGAAGGGUAUGUGAGUGUAAAUAAGUAUUUAUUACUAUUUAUUUAUAACUGUCAGGGCACCUAAUUAAUGGACCUGAAACUGCUUUUUAAAUCUUUGCAUCUUUACAUCAGGAGAAUUGGAUACUUCUAAGUCCGGGCUGUGCUUGAAGCAGUGACUUUGGUGUGCUGGUGGGCAGCCUGAACACCGACUGUACACAGGAGGAAACGUUUCUUAUAUUCUUAAAGAAGGUUAGAAAGGCUGAAGAAAUAGAUUUCACACCAGCUGAUUAGAAGUACUUUAAUGGACUAAUAAGAGAGUGCCAGCUUAAGAAACAGAGUUUCCUUUGUAGGUCCCUUUUUGCCAAACUACUGAUCUGUGCCCAAUGAGGGAGGGAGAAUGUGAAAUGCCUUGCAUGGCUCGGAGCAGUCAGUCAGCUUGUUCAUGUUCUGCUUAAUGAAUACUGGCUUUUAGAUUAGUUUGAAGCUGUUCCUGUAACAGAUUUUGUUCUUAAAAGUGUCAUCUUAAGCAUUGUGCCCUGGAGACCUUAACUCAUUCUGAGGUGUGUUUUUAUCACUGAUGGCCAGGAUCACUGCAGUGCUAAAAGUAUGCUUGGGGGUGGAGUACUGGGCUUUCAGCUAAGCAGUGUGUCACCAUCCCUAGCAAUAAGGCUUGCUGCUGUCACCUUGCAAUGAGGAAUAGAAAUUGAAGGAUUUAAGAACAGUCAUUGCUUGGUUGUUGUUUUGUUGGUUUUUUUUUGAUGUGUGUCCCUAUUCCAGAAUUGAAACUGAUAUUAAUUUUGGAAAAAAGAAUUAUUGUAUACAACCAGAUAAAAGCCAGUAAGAGGUCAAAUGAUUCGUAGGUUUGGGUUCUUAAAGUGCCUUAACUUUGUGAGUUUCCCUCAGAAGAAAACAGCUUCUACCUGACAACAGUCUGGUUUUGCAAAUACUGGUCUACAAAAACCUGGUGUAUCACUGACAUGCAUAUAAAGAAUGGUUUAUGAGAUGUCUGAUUCAAGGGGAAAUUUGUUAUAUAAAAGCCCUUAACAAAAUAAAAAUUGUGAAGUGACUCUGAUUGUCCAAUGGCA